AUGGCGCAGGGAGAUAUGGAUGAGGACUUUCUUAACUUUGAAUCCAAAGUAAAUCAGGUAAUGAAACUUUUGGAGGAUAUGGCGGCCGCAAAUAAAUCCGAUGCAGAAAGUGCUGCUAAAAAGCCAGAAACAAAGUCCGAAAUUAAUCAGGAUAAUUUCAUUGUCAAUGUUCGUCAAGACCGCACAGUGCUCAAUCGCAAAGCGGGUCAAAAAGACCCAUCAGACACUGGAGGUCCACAACAAAUGGACAAGUACACAUUUAUGCAGCAGAUGGAGCAGGAUGCCGCCGAAAGAACCAAGAUUCGACAGGAACGUGAGCGUAUUUCUCAAAACUUUCGCAGCAUGGGCAACGAUGCUUAUCGUAAGCAGAACUAUGAAAAGGCAAUACAAAUGUAUACAAAAGCUAUUGAACACGUUAAAGACAGCCCUAUAUUAUACAACAACCGAGCACUAUGCUAUCUUAAGUUGAGAAACUCUAAACGGGCAAUUAUUGAUGCUGAUUACGUAAUUAAUAAAUUGGACGAGAAGAAUUUGCGGUCGUGGUUGUACAGAGCAGCUGCUUAUCUGAGAUUGGGUGAUGAAAAAAAUUACGAGAACAGCAUUAAAUUCGCAAAGAAAAAUAAUACUAAAGAAAUCAGCUAUAUAACUGCAUUUCAAGAAAAACUCAGAACUGAUUUCUAAAUACAUACUUAUGUAUAUUAGAUUUUAUUAUUUUCAACUUUUCAGCCAAAUAUACAUAUUUACAUACAUAUGUAUGUAAAACUCUUUGUACCUUCAUAUUUUCAUGAUACUUACCGAGUAAUAAUAGCACUCCCAAAAAUGAUACACACGAAUAUAAAAAUGGUAAAUGCACACUGCCUAAAUCUGAAAGUAUUCCAAAAAACAUUUCAAAGUUUUACAAUGAAUCUCGCUCCAUUUGACAAUAUGCUGACAGUUAAUUUUUUGUAUACUUGAUUGUCAAUAAUAAACAUACUUAGCAGUGAUAAAAA